CUCUUGUGCGCACACACACACACACACACCAACACUCACACACUCAUACUCAGGCUCUCACUUGCACACUUGCCCUGUGCUGACUCUGCCAGCACUGGAACUUUGAGCCCCAGGUGGACAGACAACAGUGUGGAGCCAAAGGAAAGGAGGGGAAAAACAGACAGAGUGUAAAACAGAAGAGGAAAGAAAGAGCUGUACCUGUGUGGUAUUUUUGGAAUAUCUAAAAACAGAGAAGAGAGAGAGAGAGACUGAGAGACAGGGAGAGACGUCUGGUUAGGAUGGUGCUUCAAUCCUCUUCCACCAGGAGGCCAUUGCUCGAGCCGUGACUCCACCGUGACCUCGGCAGGUGUUGAGAUGGGUGAGGUGGGUAAGAUGACAACGUCCUGCAGCAUGGGUCUGGUACUGGUGGAGUUUGAGUACGAGUACAUGGGUCGGGAUGGCUGCAAGGUGUGCAUCAAGCCCAACGAACGGUACACCCUCUUGUCCAAAACCAACGACCACUGGUGGCACGUGCGCAAGGACGAGCGCGCCAAGCCAUUUUACAUACCAGCAAAGUAUGUGAAGGAGUUACCGCUCACUUUCCCCUCACCUCUGGAUUUUGCGGACCCUCCAGUGCCUGAAGUAAGACCACCUGUGCCUGAUCUUGCUGAGAAGGCCAAACCCAACGAAGUGACCAUCAGGUUGCGCUCGCCAGGGAAUGGCCGCAAAACAGAGAACCGCAUGUCCACGUUCGGUGUUCCUUUGGACAUCCAUGAGCCUCCGUUGUACACUCACAGCAGCUUGGCAGACUCUCUUGUAUCCUUUCACUCUGUCCCCGCAGUCUCUGUUUCAGAUGCUGCACAGCAGAAGAAAAGGCUAAGCCUCGCACCCAACUUGCUGUUUGGUUCCCGAGGAGCCCCCUUGGAAGAUCUGUCCCAGAAGUCCCGAGUGCCCAGUUUCAGCCCCGCUGACCCGGUGCUUCGCCUAGCCAAGCCUGUGGAACCCCCAUCAGUAAAGAACCUGAUAGACAAUAAGCAUCAGGGACUGCCUCCCAAACCAGAGCCACUAAUAGAGCCAGACGAGGAGUCCAGCCCAGAGCCCACAUGCUCCUCAGACUCUGAGAAUAUUUAUGAGUCCAUAUUGGACCUGAAACUGGACGAUUUGAUAAAAACUGACCCUGUUCCUAAUGCUGUGCAAGAGCCUGCACCCAGUUCAACCUCACCUGGACCACAGGCCAAGCCAGAGAAUGAGAACCCCACCACGGCAGUGUAUGCUAACGUCACAGACCUGAAGAAGACCACUCGCUCAGCUCCUUCCCCCUCCUCCACCUGCUCCUCCCCCGGUCUGUCCCUCAGCCCGGCUCCAGACCCUGCCACGCCCACUGACUUGGCUGGGUGGGAGGUACACACUGAUCAAGACAGUGGCAAGGCCUUUUACUACCACCCUGCCACUCAGCAGCGCAGCUGGGCGGACCCCCGGAGCCCACCUCCUACCACUGGAAUGGAGGCCUCGGCCCUGCCCGCUCCCGCCUGCACCUCUCCGGCUCUCUCACAAGGCUCUGAAUGGAAGCAGCUGCUGGAUGAGGCCACGGGCAGGCAUUAUUACUACAACCAUGCCCUUAAGAAGUCCACAUGGGUAGCACCAGAGCCUCAGGCUGAUGGGCCGCCCCCGUUACCCGAGGAGGACUACCCCACCAAUAACCACGAGCAUCAGACUGCCUCUCACCCCAACAGAGACACUCAACCCCCCCAUGGCAAACCCAGUGCUUUGCCUCGAGUUACUCUGGAGCCGGGGACCCCUGUACCUGCAGGCUGGACCUGUGCCACAGAACCUGGUGGAAAAACUGUCUUUAUCAAUGAUCACACACACCAGCAGUGGAUUCAAUCAAAGGAUGACAAAGGCAAGACUUACUUCUACGCAAAAGAUGGCUCUAAGUCUCAGUGGACCCUUCCAGAGGCUCUGGCCCCACCUGGACAGCCACCACUGGGAAAUGGUGUGGAGCCUGACAACCACCCAGUCAUGAAGAACUGGAGACACACCGUGGGCCAGUUCAAUGUACCACUCGAAGACACGCAGAAGUUCUUCCCAAGCCAUCGCAGGAUCGCUUCAGAAUACGCCAGUGAAGCGCAGAGUGCAGGGAAUUCACCAGAGAUUCAGCAUCAUGACAAGCCGAGACCGCGGAGGAACCUGUCCAGCACAGACGUAUACCACCACCAUCAUGGCUCACUGCUGGAGAAAGCUGGCAUUCUCAACAAGACCAAAAUAGCAGAUAAUGGAAAGAAACUGAGGAAGAACUGGGCGCAGUCAUGGACCGUACUUCAUGGAGGCAUUCUUACUUUCCACAAAGACCCCAAAACUACACCUGGUGGAAAUGUGACAAAGACCAAUCAGAUCGUCCCAGAGUACACAGUAGAGCUGAAAGGUGCCAUGAUCUACAAGGCCUCUAAAGAGAAGUCCAGCAAGAAGAACGUUCUAGAGCUGAAGACUCGCCAUGGCUCAGAGUAUUUAAUACAGUACGACACUGACAGCAUCAUCCAUGACUGGUUCAAGAUUAUUCAGGACACUAUCAGACAUCUGGACCAUGAUCAUUGCUCAGAGGAAGAGGAAGAUGAGGUAAUAGAGAAAUCCCCACAGCCUGCUGACAAAGAGAAGAAGAGCACUGCGGUGAGGCAGAGCUCCACAUCCGCUGCAGACACAGAUCAGGGUCGCGUCCGCACCAAACUGCGCAAGUUCCUGCAGAGACGACCUACACUUCAGGCUGUCAAAGACAAGGGCUACAUCAAAGAUAAUGUCUUCGGCUGUCACCUGGACACGCUGUGCCAUCGGGAGAACACCACUGUCCCCAAAUUUGUUGAGAAAUGCAUAAAGGCUGUGGAGAGGAGAGGUUUAAACAUCGACGGCAUCUACAGAGUGAGUGGGAACCUGGCAGUCAUCCAGAAGCUUCGGUACAAAGCUGAUCACGAGGAGGAUCUGGAUCUGGAUGAUGGUCAGUGGGAAGAGAUUCACGUCAUCACUGGAGCGCUGAAGCUGUUUUUUAGGGAGCUUCCUGAGCCUCUCUUCCCCUACAGCUUCUUCGACAAGUUCAUCGCAGCCAUCAAAAUCUCUGACUAUGCACAGAAGGUUUCUUACAUGCAGGACUUGGUGAGAGGCUUACCAUUACCCAACCACAACACCAUGGAAGCUCUUUUUAAACACCUUCGCAAGGUGAUUGAACACGGAGAUGAGAACCGUAUGUCUGUCCAGAGCAUGGCCAUAGUGUUUGGCCCUACCCUGCUCCGGCCUGAGGAAGAGUCCGGCAACAUCACAGUGCACAUGGUCUUCCAGAACCAGAUCGUGGAGCUCAUUCUCAACGAGUUCACUGAAAUCUUCCGUCCCAGAUGAGCCGUUCGGCCUGAGUGUCCCUUACCUCAUUAGUCCCUUACCUCUUAAACCCCAGGAGUCUGAAACUGACCAACACUGCUGUGUGUUUUCAGACACAUCUCAACUGCCUUAUUGUCUUGCUCUGUUUUUUUGAAUGUGAGGCACACAGGGGAGUGUGGAGAAGUUUAGAGAAGAUGGACUUGGUUAAUAGAGGUCUAGAGGUUUAAUAGAGUUUGGUGGAAUAAAUAGUAUGGAUUGAUAAAUGCUGUAUCCACACUUGUUUCCAUACAUGCUAAACAAUAGAAGAAGGUAAAGGUAGAAGCUAAAUGUUGGAGGACUGCAUUAUACCUCAUUACUGGCAUUUGUUACAGCCCAUUUCACCAAUGGAAACGCUCCAAAAUGACCCAAACAAAAUAACCCUAAUGUUAAAGCUUUGUGCUUUAAUAACUGUCCCCUGAGAUAUACAUCUAAUUCCCAUUUAAUCCACAGUUUCUCAAACUCGGAGCUCAUUAAUCAAAGCGACCCAAUGCUCCUAUAUAUGCUACAUGUAUUACUGUAGGCUUCCACAAGAGGGCAGCUGGUGUCUAAAGACUGCUGGAAAAUAAAAACAUCCGGUUGGCUCUGCCCCAACUACACUUCUCAAGCCUUUUUUUCGUGCAAACUUGACCAUUUCCACAACAACUUUUAAAACAAUUCUGAUCUCUCUCCAGCUGUUCUGGUGAGCAUAUUUGUCGUUAUGCACCAGCAGUUUGUAGAUUAAUAUUAAAGACAUGAACACAAUUAAAGGACACAUGGAAUUACAUAGUAAACAGUAGGAAAAGCAGCAACUAUUGUUCAUCACCUCUAGGAACUCCUUCAAGACUCUGAGAAAACUAUUCCAGGUGACUCUCCCUGAUGAAGACAUUUACCUCAAAGAUAAAUUUAGCUAUUUAGAAAAAUUAAAAGUAUAAAGUAUAAAACAUGUCAUUAUCUGUUUAACACUUCAGUUUACAGAAUAAUUCUGCAUGUGUUCCUGUGUAGCUUUAAUAUAGUCUUCAGUAUUACAUUUACAAUGUAAAAAAUGUACAAAUUUUACCAUUUUUACAAAUUUUAUUUGUUGAUUUCUUUAAAAGCAUCAGGAUUUAUCUUGGAUCAUGCAGUCCUAUUAGAAGUGCCAGACUUUUGGUAUUUUUUUUAGCAUCACCACUUUUUAUUGUGCUCAGUUUCUAUUGCAGUUCUAGUGAAAUACCAUAUAUAUAUAUAUAUAUAUAUAUAUAUAUAUAUAUAUAUAUAUAUAUAUAUAUAUAUAUAUAUAUAUAUAUAUAUAUAUAUAUAUACAGAGCUUUCAGACCUCAAAUAAUGCAAACUAAGGUUUUAAGAGUUCAUAAAUCAAUAUUUUGUGGAAUAACCCUGGUGGUUUUUAAUCACAGUUUUCAUGCAUCCUGCCAUGUUCUCUCCACCAGUCUUACACACUGCUUUUAGAUAACUUUAGCAGUGUUUAUUAGCAAUGUUUACAGUUUCAGACUGCUGGGGGACGAGAAGCCAGCAGCCAGAAUUCCACUGACGACACUCAGGCUAAAGAUGUUCAGCAUCGCAGGAGGAGGUUGUGGAAGGAACCUAGGUGCACAGCAUGGACAGGGACAUGGCUUUGUGUUUGACCUGCCUUGAUUUCGGAAAUGUUCGGAUUUUUUUGAGCUUUGAGACUGAUUCUGUUGUAAAAUGGCCAGUCAGACUUGAGGGGAGAAGUACCAUCCACCAAUUUACCAUUAUGAGGACUCUUCAGUGGACCCUGAACAGUGGUUUAAUGUGCCAAAACCGAUUGAAGACUAAUCCUUAAACUAUCUGUAAAAUAUUAUAUAAUCUGCCCUGGUAAGUGAUUCAUAUUCCUAUUCAUAGGUGACUCAGGGGAGCCAUUCUGCUAAUCUGCUUUCAGGUGAAGUCUGCUGAAAAUGGAUAUUAUGAACAUGAUCUUAUUAAAGCUGCAUGUUCUCUAGUGCAGGGGUUCUUAACCUUUUUUUUUUUUUAACUCUGCGACCACCACAAAACACACACAUUGUCAACAAGACCUUGUGACUACCAGUAAAAAAACAAGUAUAUGUAUAUCUUUUACCAUUUUUAGACUUCACAAGGUUAUAUUUUGAGAAAGUUAAAUACAUCCAUUACUUAUUUGUCCAGUAUUUUUUCUACGGUCCCUAAAUAUAUACCUUAUAAUAACCAUAUACAAGUUAAGUUUAGUAAAUUAAAUUAAUUUCAGUGAAGGUGGUGGUUAUAGAUUUAGUGUUCAUCAUUGUUUGAGCAUUUAAACUGCACUCUUAACAAGCUUUAAUAAGCAUUUUACAGCCCAGGGGCAACAUGUGGCCCUUUCCCUUUCACAUUUCCACUUCGGAAACUGAAUCGUACUUUAUUGCAGUUGCUGAAGCCCAAAACAGACUUGAUUUCUCUCACUAAACAGAAAAAAGCACUGAAAAACAACAAAUUAUAUAAUUAGACUACAAAACAAAUUAAAUCAUAUUUUGCAAUAAGUAAAUUUAUUGUUGCAAGAGAUAAAUAUUUUGUUCACUGUUACUGUAAAUGUUGAUUUAAUAAUGAUAUACAUUUACAUUUAUGGCAUUUAGCUGUCUCUUUUAUCCAGAGUGACUUACAAGGUUAUUUCUAUUACAGAGGUGGGUCAGUGUAAUGAAUUGGACCCUCCCACACGAUGUGGUAGCUCAAAGGCAGGGGGUGGUGUUAUCCACUGUGCCACACCAACUCUUACCAAAAAUCUCUUAUCAAAACAAUGUUAUUGUUAUUGCUUUAACAAGAUUUUUUCUUUUUACAUGAAGCCAAAUUGAGGUGAAUCUAUUGGCCCAUCCCUCCAAAACAGUUCCAGUGUAUUAUGUCACCCUUUGAGAAUAUUAGUUGCCCACCCCUGCCGUUGGGGGUCGGGAUUUCCAGGUUAAGAACCCCUGAACUGUAAGCAUUAGCUCUAGUCACUCAGUUACUGACCACAUGAAAAGAUGCGUAGCAUAAUUCUGUUCCUUACCUUAUUAAAAAAAAUGUAUUUGAUUAUAAUUCAGUUUAAUUCAGUUCAAAUUCAUAUAUUGUAUAGAUGUAUUACCCACAGAGUGAUCUAUUUGAAGUGUUUAUUUCUUUUAUUGUUGAUGAUUUUGGCUUACAGCCAAUGAAAACCCAACAAUCAGUUUCUGAGAAACUUAGAUUAUUAUACUGGAGCUUUCUGCAGUGUUGCUGGAAAAUGAAAUCCUCAUUUCCAUAAUAAUUGUCAGCAUAGAAAAGCGUGAAACCAUCACUGAUUGUAGAAACUUCACACUAGACCUCAAGUAGUUUGGACUGUGUGGAUCUCCACUCUUCCUCCAGACUCUGCUCCCUUGAUUUACAAAUGAAAUGCAAAAUUUACUGAUGAUCAGUGAUAUGGUUUGGAGAGACAUGCCAUCUGCUGGUGUUGAUCCACUGUGUUUUAUUAUCAAGUCCAAAGUCAGUGCAGUGUUUUCCCAGAACAUUUAACAUUUCAUGCCAAAUUUCAUUUUCCAGCAGGACUUGGCACACUGCCCACAGUGCCAAAGGUACUAAUUAGCCUUAUAUAAUGUUAAAAUUUUCUGAGACUCUGCUUUUUGGGUUUUCAUUGGCUGUAAGCCAUAAUCAUCAACAAUAAAAGAAAUAAACACUUAAAAUAGAAAACUUUGUAUGUAAUAAGUCUAUAUAAUAUAUAAUGUUUCGCAUUUUGAACUAAAUUAUUCAUAUAAAGCAACUUCUCAAUGAUAUAAAAUAUUUUUGAGAUGCACCUGUAGGUCCCUGUUCCGAACAAAGAAAUUAAUACAUGAAAGUCUGUCUAUUAUAAGCAUUAAAACAUUGUUACUGUGGAACUACAUCAAAACCUAUGCCUUUCCAAAUGCACUAAAUAGACAAAAGUAAUGGGAGAAACCUCGCCUAAAUCAUUGAAUUCAGGUGUUACACUGAGUCACAUUCAGCCACAUUUGUAUAAAAUCCAGCACCUAGCCAUGCAAUCAAAUAUCAUGGAAAUUAGUGAAAGAAUGGAUGUGUUUAAAGAGCUCUCUGAACUCAGACAUGCUACUGAAAUAAGAUUCCGCUGCUGCAAAAAGUUAAGCUAACUGCUUCCUAAAAGUACAGUUACAGAUUAAGUGUCCAAAAGAGUGGUGCAAAUGGGGACCGACUACACAUUAAUGACUAUGCAUUUAGAAUGAAUGCUAUAAAAGCUUCUGUGCGUGUCCCAAUACUUUUGUCCAUAUAUUGUAUUUUACCCUCCAGAGCUAUGAACAUGCUAUUAAACAUAUUCCUGUUUAAUGUGGUUAAAUAAAAAAAAUAAAUGUUAAAUAAAUAUCCUUAAACUUGUACAUAUGUUAAUGUCUAUAGGAAGAGAGGUUAUACAUUUCAUAUAUAUAAUAAAGGCUCUGUAAAUAGACAACAGUAGAUUCUCUUUACAAAUAAAUAUUAUUCUUCAAGUUAAUAACUUAAUUAUAAUUUUGUAAGUGUUUUCUAUGGUUUUAACACUGGUUAUAUGAUUUAAAAGGAGGUUCUUUAUCAGAAAUCACUUUCUUUUAUAUUGUUGUAUACUAUAUUUCAUGGACAAUGUGAACCCCCUUUACAGAAAGCCAGAACAAAAUGAUCACUCCUUGUUUCAUUGUGUCAUUAGGUCAGUUUUGUAUCGUCGCUGACUGACUGUAGUACACAAAUGGUAAACAUUGCUGGACUGUGACUAAACGCUGAAGGAGUGGACAGGUGCUUAUUUGACCUCCGCUCAGUCUGUUUACCUCUGUUCAAUCUCUGUUUUACAUUCAAUAAACUGAGUUCUUUUUUACCUAAUAA